AUGAACCCUGUAAUACAUACACACAGACACCAGUGUUCAAUCUGGCUAUUCCUUUGUUUCCAUGGGGGAGAGGGUGGAGUUGUGUAUUUAAUAGUACCUCAAGCUAAAUGCUGUUGUAGCUACUGAGGUGGAUGGGGAGGAAGGAAACAAAAAAUGUUGGGGUGUAUUAUUCCUGAGUAACUGAUCUGUUUUAUUGAACACUCAUCCAGCUUUGACAAUGAUAUGGACCUGGCUGUAGCUAUUAUAUGAAACUUCCCUUCCUCUUUAUUUCCCCUAAAAUCUCUCAGACAAGAGAGAAGUUAGAUCUAAAAGCAAUCUUAGUAUAGUCUGGACUUCACCUGUUCUUUAUGGGUUUACUUAGUGUGAUUUACCCAUGUAGCAGUUUUAAAAAAUAUCAAGUGCAUGGAGAUUUAAUCUGGGAGCUUAUUUGUGAUUGAAUUUUUUGGAUUCUCUAAUAUUCUUAUAAAAAAAUGACAAAAAGCUUUCUAUUCAAAUUAGCAAAAGGAAUUAAAUUUUAUCAUGUUGAUUCUAUAUAGUGGGUGUGGACAAACUCAAUUUAGUUGGCUGAUUUAUUUUUGCAAUUAAGAUACAUCUUAGUCCCAAAUGGAGUAUCUAAUUGACAAUCUUGAGGCAUUUCCACUUAUUUAUUCAACCAGUGUGUACUGAGUACCUAUCUGAAAAUGUUUAUAUUUUUUCAUAGCACUUAAAUGUUUAAAACUUUGCUGAUUUACAUGUUUGUUUAUGAAUAUGACCAAGACACACAAGAUCAUUGCUUUCCUGGAGCUUAUAUUCUAGGCAAGUGACAUAGCAAAUAUGUAAUUAAGUGAGCAAAGUAAUUUCAGUUACAUAUCAUCAGUACAAUGGAGAAAGUAAUUCAAGAAAUAUAAAAAAAGGUCAUUGUGGCCAGAUCAUAAUGAGCAAACCAGAAGUCAUAGGAAAUAUGUGACAGGUAAGCAGGGGCCAGAUCACGUGGCAUGGAAAGGGGUUUAGAGUUUAUCCUCACUGCAGUGAGGAGCACUUGAGGGGCUAUAAGUAAGCAAGAGGGUGGCCUCAUCCAAUUUACUUUUGUAAAUGGAUGUGGAGAAUGAACUAUAGGGAGGUCACAGGGGAAGCACAGGGACCAGUGGGAUUACUGUAGAGAUUCAGGUGGCAGGUGAUGUCUUGGACGAGGUGGCAAGUGUUAAAGCUGAGAAGCAGAUAAAGUCAGACUGAUUUGAAGGUAGGUAUGGUAGGUAUGAUUUGAAGGUCUAGCUGACAGGUCUUGCUGAUCCAUGAGAUUUGAGGAAGAGGGGGUGGGGGGAAGGAAUCAAGGCCAUGUUGACUCCAAAAUUUGGGGUCUGAUCAGCUAAGUGGGUGAUGGGACCAAUGACAUUUUAUCCAGGAAUACAAGAAAAAUGUUACUGUCUUCUAUGUGUUUUUUAGGCAUGAAGUCAUCAACAUCAACCUGAAAAAUAAGCCUGAGUGGUUCUUCAAGAAGAAUCCCUCAGGCCUGGUCCCGGUUCUAGAAACCAGUCUGGGUCAGUUGAUUUGUGAAUCUGCCAUCACUUGUGAGUACCUGGAUGAAGCAUAUCCAGGGAAGAAGCUGUGGCCAAGUGACCCCUAUGAGAAAGCUUGCCAAAAGAUGGUCUUUGAGUCCUUUUCUAAGGUACCACCUUUGAUAUCGAGGAUUCUUAGAACACAAAAUAAGGAAGACUGCUCUGGCUUAAAAGAAGAAUUGCAAAAAGAAAUUACCAAGCUAGAGGAGGUUCUGACUGACAAGAAGACAGCCUUCUUUGGCGGCAGUUCUCUUUCUAUGAUUGAUUACCUCAUCUGGCCCUGGUUCGAACGGCUGGAAGCUCUGGAGUUGAAUGAGUGUGUGGACCAGGCUCCAACCCUUAAGCUGUGGAUGGCAGCCAUGAAGAAGGACCCCACAGUAUCAUCCCUCCUCACCGAUGUGAAGACCUUUCAAGGUUUCCUCAGCCUCUACUUGCAGGACAGCCCCGAGGCCUGUGACUACGGACUCUGAUGGGGACAAGAGUCAGCAAUGAAGACAUAGCUGAUACUUUCCUUCACUGAUAUGAAUAAUACCAUGGUUUUAUUUUA